CCUUCACCGCCACAACUCCAUCUGGCUAGCGCGAAAACGGUUUCCCUUCCAGCAGGCAGCGUCAACCAUCACAAUGUCAGACGACGAAGUCGACCACGAACUCCUGGACCUCCUCCGAAAGCGUUUCGGCAUCGGCAUUCGAAAUGACGGCCCUCCAGAGACCAACGUGCUCGAAAGUGCUGAGUUCAUCUACGAUAACAGCAUCGACGUAGCAUUAGACAUGCGCUCGACCAAAGUGGCCGCCCAAUCAGUCCUUGACGAAAUGGAAAAGCGCAAAUACAGCACCAAAACAUGGUCCUCCCAUGAGUUGCACCCCAAAGCCAAGGACGAGAGUACAGUCAAUUUCAUCUUCACUAUGGAUCUUCUGAACUUCAGCUUCUGGAGUGAGAAGAGCGAAGAUGAGAGGUUUGCGGUUGAGUAUAAGGAGAAGAAGUGGACGGGGUACUGGGGUUUGGUGGCUGUUUUGCAAAGAGCGUUGGACGAGGAUAUCCCAAUCACAUCCCCCGAGUCUUGGAUCGACGAGGAGAAGUGCACAGAUGAGGUGCUCAGAAAGGUGUUUAGAUCGGCAAACGAGGAGGAGCCGCCGAUGCUUGAAGAGCGGAUACGGUGUCUGAGAGAAGCAGGAAGGGUGCUGGAUGAGGAGUUUGACGGUAGCGUUGUAACACUCAUCGAAGACGCCAAAAACUCAGCAGCAGGUCUCGUGAAUCUUCUCGCCGAGAAGUUCACCUGUUUUGCUGACGAAGGCACCUUUGAGCGCAAGCAUGUCCGCUUCCUCAAGCGUGCACAAAUCUUCGUCGCCGAUCUAUGGGCGGCAUUCGACGGCGAAGGCUACGGGGCGUUCAACGACAUCGACAAGAUUACCAUGUUUGCAGACUACCGCGUACCACAAAUGCUGCACUCGCUCGGCGUAAUGUGGUUCUGCCCGUCGCUGGAAGCUAAGAUCCGGCGUCUGGAUGUCAUAGAAAGCGGACAUACGUGGGAGAUGCAGAUUCGAGGUUGCAGUAUAUGGGCUGUUGAGCUUCUUCGUCGAGAGAUUCUCGCGCUCAAGCCUGAUGCGAAAGUUAAUGCCAUCCUCAUUGACUUCUUCCUAUACGAUCUGGCGAAAGAGAGGGAGAAGGAAGGCGUUGAAGCUAUACCUCAUCAUAGGACGAGAAGCAUAUGGUACUGA